UUUUUACGUGAGAAGUCAUUUUGUUCGAUAUACUUGGUGUAAAUACCUAUUCGUUUGCGUUACCAUGCACCUUUGAUGGGACAUUUACCACAAAUAAAACUAUAAACAAUAAAAGCAAGUAGAAACACACGAAAUUCCGAUUCACAAUUUACACUACAACGUCAUCAACCUUUCGCAAAAAAGGCAAAAACACGAACUCUGGCGGUCUCCAUGAAGUUGCCACAACAAUUGCGCGUGAAUGUGUUUGAUUAGUGUAUGUACAAUAUACGUGUUGUAUAGGAACAGCUGUUCAGUGUUAUGGUACUUAAAAUCAGAGUACUGUGCUUAAUUAAAAUAACGGUGUUUCCUUUAUUGCAGGUCGUUUAUAAAGAAUGUCCUGUAAAAACGCGUGUGGCUUUAUUUUAAAGUUACCACGGAGAUUUCUUACAUAUCGCAAUGUAGCUGCUAUUACGCAACGUAAACCCUUCAGCACAGACCAAAGUGACAUAAAUCUUAUCGAUCUGCGGCAGUUUCCUCCAGAAAAAAUCCGAAAUUUUGGAAUAAUAGCACAUGUAGACCACGGAAAAAGCACUCUGGCGGACCGGUUAUUAGAAUUUACAGGCACUAUUAAAGAAUCGCUGGAAAAUAAGCAAGUUUUGGACAAAUUACAAGUGGAAAGAGAAAGAGGUAUUACGGUUAAGGCCCAGUCGGCUUCAAUUGUUUAUAAAUGUGACGGAAAAGAGUAUUUAUUAAACCUUAUAGAUACACCAGGGCAUGUAGAUUUUAGUUAUGAAGUCUCAAGGUCUCUUUCUGCAUGUCAGGGUGUUAUUUUGCUUGUUGAUGCCACACAAGGUGUACAAGCACAAACAUUAGCUAAUUAUCUACUUUCCAUGGAACAUGGGUUACCAGUUAUUCCAGUGAUUAAUAAAAUUGAUAUGCCAAGAGCAAACAUUGCCAAAGUUGAAAAAGAAAUGCUAAAUUUACUGGACGUACAUACUUCUGAAAUUAUUCAUAUUUCUGCAAAAUUGGGCCAAAAUAUUGACCAAGUUUUAGAAGCUAUUGUAAAGCAAUUGCCUUCACCAAAUCUGGAUUGUAAGUCAAGUUAUAAUUCGUCAUCUUUACUAAAAGCGCUACUUUUUGACUCUACUUAUGAAAAAUUUCGUGGGGUCAUAGCAAAUGUUGCAAUUCUGGACGGUACUAUGAAAAAAGGGGAUAUAAUUAGUUCAGUGUACUUACAGCAAAAAGAUGGCAAUUCAAAGUCAGCAUAUGAGGUCAAAGAAGUAGGUAUACUGCGGCCAGAACAUGUUUCUACUGAUGUACUAUACGCUGGGCAGGUGGGGUAUAUUGUAUGUGGUAUGAAGACAGUUGCAGAUGCUCAAAUUGGUGACACGCUGUACCACCAUAAGCACCCUGUGCAAGGGUUGCCAAAGUUCAAAAAAGCUAGGCCUGUCGUUUUUGGAGAAAUGUUUCCUUUGGACCAAUCGCAGUUUAAAAAUUUAGACGCCGCAUUGAAUAGAUUAAUGCUUAAUGAUAGAAGUGUUACAAAACUGAACAGUAAAAGUUUUUUGCUGGGAUCUGGUUUUAGGAUUGGGUUUUUAGGUCUUCUUCAUAUGGAUGUAUUUUGCCAAAGAUUGGAACAGGAAUUUGGCACUAAUGUUGUAAUGACUAGCCCAACUGUUCCCUACAAAGCUAUACUGAAUCCAAAUAAACGACUGCAAAUUAAAGAAGAAAAAGAAAUUACUAUUACCACACCUGAGGACUACCCAAGCCAAAAUUUGGUGAAGGAUUUUUUACAGCCUAUGAUAAUAGGUACGGUAAUAACUCCUUUACAAUACAGUCAAGAUAUAAUGGAGUUAUGUACAGCGAAAAAUGGUACAGCUGUUGGGAAUAGUUAUAUUAGCGAAACUAGUUUGAUGCUACAGUAUAGGCUCCCACUUGAUGAAAUUGUAGUCGAUUUUUAUGAUAAACUUAAAUCGCUGUCAUCUGGGUAUGCAAGUUUUGACUAUGAAGAUGAUGGUUAUGAGUCUGUUAACUUAUCUAAAGUAGAUAUCCUUUUAAAUGGUGAAAUUGUACAAGAACUGUCAAAAAUUUGCACCCUAGAAAAAUCGAGAAAAAUUGGUGCCAAAACCUGUGCAAAAUUAAAAGACCUAAUUCCAAGACAGCCUUUUCCAGUUUCUAUACAAGCAGUUAUUGGGAAAUCUGUAAUAGCUAGACAAACGCUGCCGGCAGCAAAAAAAGACGUUCUUGCUAAAACUGGAGGUGGCGAUUAUACGCGAAAAUUAAAACUCUUAAGAAGAGAAGCUGAUUUACAAAAGCAUUUAAGGGCGAUAGGGAAAAUUAAAGUCCCCAAAAAUCUUUUUAUAAAAAUGAUGAAAGAAUGAACCUAAAACUGUUUGUUUAAUUCAAAUACUUUUUCUAAAAAAUUAUAAGUUUCAGGUAAUUUUAUAGCCUAGUUAUAUAAUUCAUUUUUUAUUUGCCAAUGUAUAUCUAUGCAUUUAUUUUAUAGGCAAUGUUACAAUUUAAAACUCAACAGUGAGCAUGUGGUAUAUAAAUGCAUUGUUAAAAAUAGAAUAUUACUUAUUCUGCUAAAUGAUAAAUAUAAUAAUUUAAAAUCUAGAUUGACAUUUCUACUUAAUUUUCUUUUUCGUUUUGCCUUGAAAAACUUCAUUAGAGAGUUGGCUUAUACAGUCAUAUAAAAUAUUCAUUCAUUUGUGCCUGUUUAAAUAAAUAAUUAAUACUUUUAAAGCAGUAAGUCUGCUAUUUUCCUCAAUAUUUUACAUGCGGUAGUCUGCUACUGUUAAAACAAUUGCAAAAUAAUUUGCCUUUAUUGUUAAUGUUAUUCAUUCUUCAUAGUUUUAAACUUAGGCAUAGCAAAAAAAUGAAAAGCAAUGUUUCAACCCUUUAUUUCCGGUCCCAGA